CACAGUCAAAGAUAUAAUCUUUUAUGAAAAAUUAAAUUUGAAUUUUAUAAAUUAAACUUCAUUGAUUUUUGAAAAUUUAAUGAUAUAUAUAAAAGAUUAAUAUGAAUAUUCAAUUGGAUAUUACAAUGAGGCCAGAAAUUCGCUUAGAUGCAAAAUGGCUCAAAACAGAUUUGAAACGUCUACUUUAUCGAGAUGGUUUAGCUGAACUUUGGAAUGAAAUGAUACGAGAUGGAGAAAUUGUAGGUUCUUUUAGUGACAGCCUAGUCAAUACAGCAGGGAUAAUAGCUAGAAAAGGUGAAAGUGGACAUUAUUAUUGCAAUAUGGGUGUAUUAACAUGUCCUUGUUGCAAUGGAAUUUGUGGUCCACAACAUGGAUGUAAUUGUGGACCAUGUCAAAAAUUAGAUGAAGAAGAAGCAGCAAGAACAAGUGCAUUUAUAGAAAAAAAUAUGAUAGCUGAACAUGUAAUGGAUUCUUGGCUUUGGGGUUCUCAGCCAUCUAUUCACGAUUUAACAACAUGUAUUAAAUUACUAAUUAAGGAGCAAAGAAAAUUAUGUUAUGAAGUUGCAAACAAUACAUUAUCUGCUAUAAGAUUAAGACAACGUUUGGUAAUAGCACGACGAUAUUUUAUGGCCCAUUCUCGUCAUAAACCUCAAGAAACUAAAGAUAUUUCAACAACAUCAAAACCUACUAUCAAGUUACAAAAAAUUGUAAGAUCGAAUGAGAAGCCUACAUUAGGUUUAGCACGUGUAGGAUCUCGUGCAGCACUAAAUUUUUCAUUUGCAUAUUUAAGACGAGCUUGGAGAUCAGGAGAAGAUGUAGAAUUUUGCAGUGAACUUUUAUCUGAAUCAUUGGAAGCUUUACAAUCAUUACCCGAAGCUACGCUUUUUGAUGAAACUAAUGUUUCUCAAGUAUGGUUAGAAGUUGUAGAACGAUCAGCAAAAUUUUUGAGACAAGUUGUUACAGGAGAUAUAGUUAGUGGAAGAUCAUGGUGUCCUAUUCCAAUUGCUGAUCAACACACUGCUCUUUGUUUGUUAUUAGAAUUGGUGACACAGAGAGCUACAUUAUCAAGUUUAUUAGAUUCUGUAUGUUUGCUACUUCAUUUGAGUGGUAAACAUAAACAUCAAGAUAACCGAAUAAUGCCACCUGGAAGUAUGGCACCAUUGGUACCAUUAUUAAGACGAUUAAAUAUGAUACCAGCUUCUAAAUCACAUCGAAUAGAUACAAAUAUUGCACCAGGUCCUUGUGAAGUUUUACUUAAAUAUUUAAGACUUCCCGAAGAUGAUUCUACAUCCGUAGAUUUACGAAAAGCUGCAGUUAUAAUAAUGUGUAAUCUAAGCAGAUUAGCUGCUCCUCUUUUGCCUCCUAUUAUUGCUGAUAGAUUUCAGAAAAAUCAUAAUCAAACUUUUCAAGAAGUUAUAGCUUGGGGAAGUGUGAAAUUUGGUAAUGGAUCCUCUCCAUUUUAUUACGAUACAAUUGCUGAGCUUGGCAUUAAACAACUUUGUUGUACCGAAAGAGCUCUAAUGAUUCUUUCGGUUAAUGGAAAUGUUUAUAUGAUGUAUUAUGGAUCAGAAACUCAAUAUCCUCAAAAAAUAUAUGGAUUUUCGGAAAAGCCGAUUACAAUGAUUGCUUCACAUUCAGAUGGUACACAUUAUUUGGCAUUAACCCAAGAUAAUUCCGUUUAUUCUUGGGGAAAUGGCGACGGUGGACGACUAGGUCAUGGAGAUAGGGCAUGGUAUGAUGAACCAAAGCUAAUUGAGGCUCUAGUUGAAAAGAAUAUUACAUUUAUAGCGUGUGGAAGUACGUAUUCGGCAGCUCUCAGUUCAAAUGGUGAAUUGUACACUUGGGGAAGAGGAAAUUACGGAAGAUUGGGUCACGGAAAUUCAGACAACGUAAUGAUUCCUACGUUAGUAACUGCUCUAAAUGGGCACAUGGUCGUAUAUGUGGCAUGUGGUAGCGGAGAUUCUCAAACAUUAUGUGUCACAGCUUCUGGUAUAGUAUUUUCCUGGGGUGAUGGAAAUUAUGGGAAGCUUGGUAGAGGAGGUUGCGAUGGAUCUAAAACACCAAAGAUAGUGGAUAAAUUAUUGGAUAUAAAUGUGGCAAAAGUUUAUUGCGGUGGACAAUUUUCGGCAGCUUUAACCGCAUAUGGUGAAGUAUAUACUUGGGGGAAGGGAGAAGCUUAUAGAUUGGGACACGGAAAUGAAGAUCAUGUUAGAUAUCCGAAAAUUAUUGAUAUAUUGAAGACAAAAAAAGUAAAAGACUUAUAUGUAGGAAACUUGCAUGUAUUAGCAUUAACGGAAGAUCAAUUGGUAUAUGGUUGGGGUAGAAAUGAUUAUGGUCAAAUUGAUCCGGCAUUAGGUACUGUUGUACCCGAACCGACUUUAUGUCCAACAUUAUCUGGGAAAAAUGUAAUUGGUUUAGCUUGUGGACCAACGCAAAGUUUUGCUUGGUGUACAUCAGCUUGGUCAGUAGCGAACAGGGUAGCAUUUGUUGUAGAUAUUUGCGAAGAAACUUUUCGAUUAUUAGAUACAUUAUUGAACAAGGCAUGCGAAGGAUUACCAAGCACACGACCACCUACUCAAGAUCGUGAAUGUUUAGCGGUCGCCACAUUGAAUUUAAUUCGAUUGCAAUUGCAUACUAUGAUAACGCAUAAUAUCGAUAGUAAAUCAGUGGGAUUGGCCAAUACACCAUUAUUAAACUCUUUGAAACAGCGAUGCGUUAUGCUUGCAAGCAGCAUCGAUAUUUUAGCAACAAUUCAAGAAGCAGCUCAAGCUGUUUUACAAACUGGCUGGAGCAUUUUAUUACCGACGGCGAAUGAACGCGCAAAAACAUUAUCAAAUUUUUUGUCGAAAACGAAUUACAAUAAUUUUGAACAAAUAAACGGUAAUAAUGGUCAACAAUUCAUGGCAGAUUUGCUAGUAUCUAGUUUAAUGGCAGAUGGUGGCUUGGAAUUGGCAUUGAAGAUUGCUGUAAAAGCGGAAACAAGUGAGCUUGCUGACGAAAAAGAAUUUUCUGUGAAUAAUAAUGCUAGCAAAUCAACCGAUACAAAACAGGCAAAAGAAUUAAAUUCGGAAAAAAAUAAUACAAGUAUAUCAUUGUUACAACUGGUGAAACAAUUGAUCAAAAAUGGUACCUGUAUUACGCAAUCAAAAUUAUUAAUAACUCAUCAAUUGGCUCGCAAUUUCGAAGAAUCACAAAGAAGCGAUAAUUCUCCUAGCUUGAAUCUCCUUUUAAAAUUUCAACGAUUAUUAAUUGCACAAUUAUACGAGUGUAUCGAUGAUGUUGGAACAAAAAAAUUACGUGAUCAAGAGAUGCUUGGAGCAGAAUUGCUUUUAAAAAAAUAUCUUUCACAAAUUUCUAUUCAUGUAACCGAAAUAAUGUCGUUUGCCGUUGAAUUAGCCAAUACUUGUAUCAAACAGUUUAUACUAGUUACUACUGUUUUAAGAGGUGACAUUAUAAGUGUUUUAUUACCUGAAUUGAUUACAUGUCUUAUUUUGUUGCAACACGAUUAUCCAUUAUUAUUGCUUAAUAUGAAUUGGAUGGAGGUAAUGGCACCAAUAUUAGAUGCACUCAAUCGAUUCAAUAAAUUAAUACCAACAAUCGAGAAAAGUGAGACAGAUGAUCUUUCUUGGCCAGGUAUCAUAGCUCCACAGCAUGGUAAUAAAAUAUCAAUUUCAGACGAACCUACUACUAUUCGUUGGGCCGAUCUAGAAAAUCACAAUCGUGAUGGCGGUUUUUGGGUAGUAGUGAAUAAUAAUGUAUAUGAUAUUCAAGAUGUUCGAUUUGACGAAAGAUCAAAUUCCCUGGAAGGUCUUCAAAGAACUGCUACUAGUUGGGAUGUUAAUUCCAGUGGUGAGACGAAUGUAUCAUUUUCUCGUGAUCAAGUAUCGCGAAAUAUGAUGGAUUCUUAUUUUGUUGGUUAUUAUUGCCAUUCUGAACCAGAAAACACGGAGGUUAAAAUCGAUGUAAUGGAUAUAUGUUCUUGUUUACUUGAUACAGAAAGAGCUUUAGGCUUUCUUUUAGGCUUACAUGCUCACAGAAAGCGACAAAGUUUACCUUUACAAACUGCUGAAGAGGAAGCUGGUCGCUGGUUAAAUGCGAAUUUCUUCAGAGGUGGAUUACAAAUUUUACAACCACCGAAUCCUUAUGAAGAAGAGAAAGGAGAAGCGAGAAGUAAUACUUCGACAGCUGCAAAUUCACCCACAGAACCUCCACUUCCUACGCGUAUAAAAAACGAAUUGCAAAAGAACGAACGUCGAGAAGAUGAUCGAGUUACAACAUUCAUUUAUGCUUUAGCUGAAACUCAUAAAACCGAUGCUCAAGUUCAGUCAUUUUUAACGAUUAUUGAUAAAUAUUCAAAAGCGAACAAUCUUUUAGCACAUACUGAGUUUUGCGGUGACCAUCCAGUUGAAGAAGUUAGCCGACUUUUAAUGGCAGUUAUAAUAAAACAUCUUGCUUUGGGUUAUCAGGUGAUAAAUUUGAUCGAUCAUCAAGAAACAGGAAAUGAAAACAGUCCAAGACUCACGAAACAAUUGGCUGAAAUGAUUAGAAUAAUUCAUCAAACAAAAUGGAAUUUAAUCAGAAUUAGACAACAACAAAAUAGAAGUUAUAAAGAAGUAUGUGCUCCAGCACAAGAAAAAUGCAGAUUUCUUUUACACGAAGUAAGAUCAGCGACAAGUUACGAAAUCAAAGGACUACAUGAUUUAAAAUUAUUAUAUACUGUUGCAAAAUUUCGGAAAACUGUUAAAACAAUAAUCAGAGAUAUUCGAAAAAACAAAGACUCACCAAGUAAACCGGAAGAUAUUUUGAAUGCUUCAAUUCAAAAUGCGAAAAUAAAAAAUAAAUCUGACGAAGAUGUGUCUAUAACAAUGAUGACGACAACAACGACUACAACAACAAUGGCAUCGACGCCAGUCAUGGCAACUAUAGCUUCGACAAUGAUGACAACGACUAUAUCAACGAUGACUACAAUGACAAUGACAUUAACGACAAUGACAACAACAUCAACACCAACACCGACACCAACGACUACAUUAACAAUGUCAACACCAAUACAAACUUUGACUCCAAUUUCAAUUCCGAUUCAGAAUUCAAUACAGAAAGAAAUGAACGGAAAACAUUCGUCAAUUUCACCAAAAUUAGAAAAUUUAUCAGGUAAUAAAAAAACAUUUGCUAAGAUAACUGAAAAGAUGAAACAAAAAACUUUGAAUAUUGAUUCGAGUGAAUUAAUGGUAAAUAUUAUAAAUUUUGUAAUUACCGAGGACAGUGGAGAUGUCGAAACUUUACGUCGAGCUAUGUAUUGUCAGAUGCAACGAGCAAAGUUACGUGAACAAGGAAUUAUAAUGAUGCAACAAUUAUUACAGAAAGAUUAUCUGAUAACAUCGGUAAAAUAUUCAUUGUUAAACGGCUGGCUCGGUCUUUCUCACGAGAAUAAAUCUUUGACUAAUGGAAUAAUGCAUUGUCUUGAAAAUAUUCAAUCAGUAACACCAUAUCAAAAGUCGAAGAUUAUUUUAGCCGAAGCGGAAAUAAUUUCUUGGGCAGUGCAAGCAUUGCGAGCAUAUGUUAUUCAAGCAGAGAUACCGAGUAAACCAAAAAUAAGCGAUAAAAGUAGUUUGAAUCAAGGAACAUAUACUUGGUUACGAAAAUUACCCAGAGCAAGAUUUUUAUUAACGAUAUUAGGAAUGUUAAGCAAUUAUCAGCAUGCAAAUGAGAUUGGAUUAUUAAUAAAUUCCGGUUGCAUGUCAAGCAUUUUGACAUUGCUUAGACAGAUUGGACCAUCAAUGUCUACAGAGCCAGGUAUAGAUGCGGAUAUGAACAUAGACGCAAAACCAAAAGAUAUGCCGGUAAAUGUCAUAUACGAAGAUAGUUUUGAAAAGAAUAAACCGCAAACUGUUCAACUAACUGGUGCUGAAUUGGCGGCUUUGAUGAAAAUAGGUACAAGAGUAGUACGCGGCGUUGACUGGAAGUGGGGUGAUCAAGAUGGACCUGCACCGGGUGAAGGCCGAGUAAUCGGAGAACUUGGGGAAGAUGGUUGGAUUCGUGUACAAUGGGAUAAUGGUACUACCAAUUCAUAUCGUAUGGGUAAAGAAGGAAAAUAUGACUUAAAAUUAGCUGAACCACCGACGCCACCAGAAACCGAUAGUGAAAUUGAUUCACCACAAGAUCUGGCUAAAAUCGAUAAGGGAAAUGAUUUUGUGGAUGUCCAUCCGACUACUUGUCUGAAAUCUGCCUCUAUUACCGUACUUCGUGUUAUCUUACUUUGUUGUGGCAUCGAAGCUGAUAGAGUCACUCCUUCUGCUAUAAAGAUACUCGCUUCUGUAUUACGCGGUAUCUUAUCUCUCGCGUAUAAAUCCGAUUUUAAUACACAUUCUCAACUUGCAAAAGAACAUCAUGAAACUUGGGCAACUCUCGGCUUAUUAAGAGCUAUUGCUAAAUCUACCGAACUUUGUAAAUCUUUAAGUACUAAGGCAUGGAUUGAUUUUCUUUUAAAUAUAAUAGCUGAACAAAGAAAUCCAAAUUUAGAAAAGCAGAUAAUGACGGUACGUUUACUUACCGCUGUUCUACCAUCUUGGUCAACUGACAGUCCUAGUCAAAUGUCUUUCCUUGAAAAAAUUUUUCGUAUAUUGGGACAUAUUGCGCUUAGCUGCGAUUUGGGUACUAACUUUGAACUUUAUUCGAAUAAAUGUCGCGUUUCAUUAACUGCUUCUUAUAGUUCUACUGUAGUCGAAGAACUGAUUUCACUAAUUAGAUAUCUACAUUCUCUUUCAAAGUGGAAUGCGACUUUGAAUUCUUUUCUUGCCUCAAAAUUAUCACUCGCUUCUGAUUUGUUAAGUGACGGUCCAUUGUUUCAUAUACAAUUAAAUGAAAAUGGAGGUGAGAACAGUAUAAACAUUCAGGAUACAGUGAUGGCAACUCUUAUUGUCGUUGGAGGUCUUGACGAUAGACCAAGGAUCGGUGGUUUGAUCGAAAUCGAUGGUCAUAUAGGUACUAUAUGCAAAUUUACUAAACAUUCAAAAAUACUUGUACAAAUACAUGAUGAUAACAAUGCUAGUACGCGCAAGAAAAUUCCAUUUUUUGGGGUGAGACAGCUUAGCGAAAAGUUUCGUUUAGAUCGAAUGCCUAUGCCUGAUUCUUUCAUUUCUACUUGGGCUAAUUUGUUAUUGGGUCAUCGAAGCAUGGAUAAAAGACCAAAUGGUAUGCCAGUAAUAGCUGGUUCAGUAAAUGCAUCCAUUUUACGUAAUCAACAACAACAACUCGCUGCAUUAAAUGCCGGAAAAAUUAUAUUAAAUUAUCAAACAAAAUUACGAAAAAUAUUAAAAUAUAUAAUCGACAAAAAUAUCAGCAACAAUAGUAAUAACAAUAAUAACCAUAACAAUCAUCACUAUUCUCACCAUUACUAUUAUCGUCACCAUUAUCAUCAGCGUCAAAUUGAAAUUGGUGAUCAUAUCAAUGAUGAGAAUAAUAGCGAGAUUGAUGGUCGACGAUGGGAUAAGAUUAAUCGAAUCAAUCGUGCUUACGAGGAUCACGGUGAAAACAAUGAUAACAACGAUAUUGAUGAAAAUGAAGAAGAAAAUGAGGAUGAUGAAGACAAUGACGAUGACGAUGAAGAUGACAAUGCGAGAGUAAUUGUAAUUGACAGUACGAGAAACAAUGGUAAUAAUAGCAAUGAUAAGAACAAAAAUAAUAACAAUGAUGACAAAUUUGAAAAUCAUGGAAUUAGUAAUGUUAUUAAUCGAGACAUAAAUAGCGAGGAUAAUUAUGAGGAAACCAACGUUGAUGGUAGAGAAGAUUAUCGUAACAAACGAACAACUCUAUUCCAAGAAAUGCUGACGCGAGCUACAAAACCACAACCAUUAAAACCCAUAUUCAAACAUAAAGAAUUGGAAGAGGCUGCACUUACAGUUUCUCAAUAUUUGGCCUCUGAACUAAGACACUCUUUAAUUCAAGUAACAAACAUAAUAAUCACGGGCACAGCAUCAGGAUCAGCUUCAGUAGGAGGUAUGGCAACAACUGCAGGCCCAUUUUCAGAGCCUGAGUCUCCUGUAUCUGAUUGUUCUUUGAUAUCGUUGACAUCUAGUCAAAAAAAACAUUGCAAAAGUACUGGAAGAAAAAGUCCUUUACCGAUGAGUCCACUAGUUGCCCAAUUGAUAGAAAUGGGUUUUCCAAAGAAAAGUGUAGAAUUUGCGAUUAAAAGUUUGAGUUCGGCUGUUGGAUUUAUUACAGCAGAAAGCGUGGUAGCUUGGCUUCUUGAAAAUCCAGAUGCUGCAUUAAGUGACAGUGAAACGUUAUCAAGUAUAUAUGGAUUAUCGGAUCCUGAAGAUUCAACUAGUGAAAAUAUUGAUGAAUCUCCAUCGACGCACGAAGCUAUUUCUUCUUCAAUAAUACCACCAAAUUAUAUGAAACGUUCUGAUUUCUUAUCAGUCGAUGAAUACGCGAUUUAUGUAAGGGAUAAUCUGAUACCAGGUAUGUUAGUAAGAUGUUGCAAAAGCUACGAAGAAGUAGAAUACGGCGACAUUGGUCAAGUUAUAAAAAUUGAUCCGGAAGGUUUACACGAUUUGAAUGUUCAAGUCGCAUGGCAACGCAAAGGAGGAACUUAUUGGGUAAGAUUUAUUCAUAUUGAACUUCUUGGUCAUCCGCCAAUAAUUCCAGGCCCAGCCACACUAAAAAUUGGUGACAAAGUAAGAGUAAAAGCAUCAGUGACUGUGCCCAAAUACAAAUGGGGUUCAGUGAAUCAUCAAAGCAUCGGAAUAGUUACAGGUAUAAUAAACAAUGGGAAAGACGUGGCUAUUGAUUUUCCGCAGCAAAAUAAUUGGACUGGUUGUGCGAUAGAAAUAGAGCGAGUGCCUUCCUGUCAUCAUUCAGUCUCAUGUAAUUCUUGUCACUUGCUACCAAUAUCUGGUCCACGUUUUAAAUGCAAGUAUUGCGAAAAUUAUAAUCUUUGUGAAAAUUGUUUUUAUACGAAACGAUGUCAUCGACAUGGCUUCAAUCGAAUCGUCGAGCCAGGCUCAGCAGCGGUAUAUGCCGGUAAACCGGGAAGAUAUCAUAGACAAGAUUAUAUAGAAUCAUCUCUAAUCGAUGAUUGGUCUAAAUGUAUAAGAACAUUAAGAGUUUCUUCACCACAAAGCUGGGCAACACGAUUAUUCGAUGGAUCUGGUCUAUAUUGGCAGAGUCCUCAGGGAAAGCAUUGGAUUCGUAUGGAAAUGUUGUCUGGUAUAUUAGUUCAUUCAUUGAAAAUAAUUGUAAAUCCACAAGAUGGCAGUUAUAUGCCAUCGCUGAUUGCAAUAAAUGUCGGUGAAUCAUUCAACAGUUUAGUAGAAUUGGCAACAAUCAGUGUACGGCAUACUGACACAAGUGUACUUUUACUCCAAGAUAUGAAAGAAUAUUAUCCGUGUAUCGAAAUAGCAAUAAAGCAAUGUCGAAACGGUGGUAUAGAUUGUAAAAUACGCGGUCUUCAAAUAAUUGGCAAAAGAAAAGUAUUUGAGAAUCAAUUAGCAACGUCCAUUUCAUUUCUAGCCUCAGAUUGGGAGAUCAUUCAAGAGCAAAUGAACUCGCAACGUGGAUCUGAACCACAGCCUCAGCAUUCAGCUGUUUAUGUCUGGGGAUUAAACGAUAAAGAUCAACUCGGAGGAUUAAAAGGAUCGAAGAUUAAAUUACCCGUUUAUAGCGAAGUUCUUUCAAAAUUGAAACCCGUUCACAUAGCUGGUGGUAGUAAAACUCUAUUUGUUGUUAGUCAAGAAGGAAAAUUAUAUGCAUGCGGAGAAGGUACGAAUGGUCGUCUUGGCCUUGGAGACGAUAGCAAUGUAUGCGAACCGAAACCUAUCCCAUUUUUGAGUCAAUACGUAAUCAAGAAAGUGUCUGUACAUUCAGGAGGAAAACAUGCGUUAGCUCUCACCCAAGAUGGUAAAGUAUUUUCUUGGGGUGAAGGAGAAGAUGGCAAGUUAGGCCAUGGAAACUCCAUCUCUUUAGAUAAGCCAAGAUUAAUAGAAUCUUUAAAAUCAAAAAGAAUACGAGAUAUUGCAUGUGGAUCGGGUCAUUCAGCUGCCAUAACUAGUAGUGGAGAAUUAUAUACCUGGGGUUUAGGCGAAUAUGGACGAUUGGGUCAUGGCGAUACUGCAACACAAUCAAAACCAAAAUUGGUACAAUCUUUAGUUGGUCAGCGUGUAAUACAGAUUGCAUGUGGUAGCAGAGAUGCACAAACAAUGGCAUUGACAGCAGAUGGAUUGGUGUAUUCAUGGGGUGAUGGAGAUUUCGGUAAACUAGGUCGAGGAGGUAGCGAUGGUUGUUAUACACCAUUAUUGAUUGAUCGACUUAAUGGUUUGGGAGUGGUGCAAAUCGAGUGCGGAGCUCAAUUUUCCCUUGCAUUAACUAAAUAUGGUGAAGUAUGGACUUGGGGUAAAGGUGAUUAUUUUCGACUCGGUCACGGUAACGAUCAUCAUGUUCGAAAACCAACGUUGGUCGAAGGACUUCGUGGGAAAAAAAUUAUACACGUCGCUGUUGGUGCUCUUCAUUGUUUAGCGGUAACGGAUAUCGGACAAGUAUAUGCUUGGGGUGAUAACGAUCAUGGUCAACAGGGAAACGGUACAACAAUCGUUAACAAGAAGCCAUCAUUGGUUCAUGAACUUGAUGAUGCAAGAGUAAAUCGUGUUUCUUGUGGUUCCAGUCAUAGCAUUGCUUGGGUUUUGACCGAUCAACCAGCGAUUAAUAAUCAAGAACCAGUCACAUUUCCAACUAUAAAGGAUCCACUAGGUCAAAUGUUGCUUACAUUUAAAAGCACUAUCACCGGAUUGGAAGCAACUGAUUUAAGCAAUUAUCCGAUUCCUUCUUGCUCUAAAACAUCUACUGUUUCUCAACUAAGCGGCGAUAUUAUCAAUAAUGGUGACAUAAUCCUUAACAUGUCCACUUUUUCCUCCAGCAACAGACCUUCUCUCUCGAGCAUUAUUCUCUCGUUGGAAAGUAAUGUAGCGAAGCAGCAAGCAUUACAACAUGUGAUAAAUGCACUUCGUAUAAUACAAGCUCGAAUCAUUGUAGUUACGGCAUUGCAAAGUCAUUCAACAUUAAAAUUAGCUAAUAGCAAUAUUGGUAUUAACAAUAGUAAAUGCUGUCCGAUAACUGAAAUGAUACCAGAUGGAACAAUUACUGGAUCGAAUAUCAUUAGUGGAGGACAUAAUCAUGUAUAUCAGAAUGUGGGAGAUAGUGCACAAGGUGGUGGAGAAGCACCAGCAAAUGCUGCAGAACUUAUUAAUUUAAUAAAUAAUAGUCCGCGAACAAGUCCCGAAUCUGAAGAUUAUCCAUUAGCAACUGUUUUUCCUUCGAUGUCCAGUUCCGCUAGUUUAUCCUCACGUGCCUCAAAAAUGUCAAGCAGCGCAAUGAGCGUGAUUGCAGCAACUCUUACAUCUAACGCGCAAAUAGUUGGCGAAGGAGUUGCUUCAGAUCGUAAUUUGGAUGAUUUUACAUGUACUCUGACUGAAGAGGAUGGUAAAAUGUUGAUUGAUUUAUUAAAAUUAGCCGUUGCUAAUCGAGUAUGCAAAGGAGCUAAAGAGAUAAUAUCUUCGGUAUUGAUCGCACUAGCAAAAGUAAAUCAUUCGAUUCGUAAUAUAGUGCUAGAAAUUUGUAUCACAGAAUUGGAGGAUACAGUAGCGAAUUCGAAUAAUAGAAGCAAUAUACCACAACCGAUAGUACAAGAAAGUCCACAUCCAUACAUAGAUGGUACAACAUUGACUGGUCAUGUUAAAAUAUCAGGUGCAGAAGCUCUUAGAGUUGAAUUUGAUCGACGUUGUUCCACCGAAAGACGCCACGAUCCGCUCACUAUUAUGGACAGUAAUAAUCGAGUGGUGGCUGUGAAGUCUGGCAGAGAAUGGAGUGAAUGGGCUGCUGAGAUUCGAAUUCCAGGUGAUGAGCUUAAAUGGAGAUUUUCUUCGGACGGAUCAGUAAAUGGUUGGGGAUGGCGAUUUACAGUAUAUCCUGUGCUUGCGAGCCUUGCACCGCAUGAUCUAAUCUCGGAUAGAGCAGUUCUAUCGCAACCUUCUAUUGCACUUGCUGAAUCUCUUCUGGAUAAUACUUUGAUUACGUUGGAUAGAAAUAUUGCGACACGAUUAACAACUACCUUAGCUCAAUGUAGUCAAUUAAGCGUAUUGUCUGCUCAACAACGAAUGUGGGCAUUAAAAAAAUUACAAGUCGUCUAUUCUUCUGGACCAGGUAUACGCCCGGAAAUCGCACUUUCAUCACUUCUCGGAUCAUUGCCUCAAGCACUACUGAAACAAUAUACUUAUGAAGAUCCUUUGGUCCGCGGUGGAAAACAAUUAAUGCAUAGCGAUUUUUUCAAGGUUCUUGUAGCUCUUGCCUGCGACCUUGAAUUGGAUGGUAUGCAAUGUUGUUCGGAAAUUCACAAAUGGUCUUGGUUUCGAAGAUACUGUCUUUCCAUACGGGUUGCCAAAUCUCUUAUAAAUCGGACGUCUCUUCCAAAAUCAUUCUGUCUUGAAGUUACCAAACAGAUUAAUGAAAUGAUAACAGACAAAGAAGGAAAUACCAAAGACCAUGAGAAUCAUGAGUUAUUCAAACAGGAACAUGAUGAGCAAUUACUACAAUGGUUAAAUCGUAGGCCGGAAGAUUGGAUGUUAUCAUGGGAUGGUUCUGGUGCCAUUUAUGGUUGGGGUCAUAAUCAUCGCGGACAAUUAGGUGGACUUGAAGGAGCAAAAGUGAAAUUACCUGUUCUUUGCGAGAGUUUGUCUGCACUUCGACCUGUCCAGCUUACCGGUGGAGAGCAAACUUUAUUUGCAGUUACUGCUGACGGAAAAGUCUAUGCAACUGGAUAUGGCGCUGUUGGACGUCUAGGAAUUGGAGGAACGGAUUCUGUUAUGGUACCCACACUUUUGGAAUCCAUUCAGCAUGUAUUCGUUAAAAAAGUAGCUGUCAAUUCAGGAGGUAAACAUUGCCUUGCCUUAAGUUCUGAAGGACACGUUUAUUCUUGGGGAGAAGGAGAUGAUGGAAAAUUAGGACAUGGAAACAGAUUAUCGUAUGAUCGACCGAAAUUAAUUGAAGAGUUAUUGGGUACCGAAAUUGUUGAUAUAGCUUGUGGUGGUCAUCAUAGCGCGGCAAUCACUAGCGCUGGUUGGCUUUAUACUUGGGGAAAAGGUCGAUAUGGACGAUUAGGACAUGGAGAUAGCGAAGAUCAAUUGACGCCCAAAUUAAUUGAAGCUUUACAAGAUUAUAAAGUAAUUGAUGUAGCAUGUGGAAGUGGUGACGCGCAAACCCUUUGUGUUACUGAUGAUGAUAAUGUUUGGAGUUGGGGUGAUGGAGAUUACGGAAAACUAGGUAGAGGAGGUAGCGAUGGUUGUAAAAUUCCAAUGAAGAUCGAAUCUCUCGCAGGACUUGGUGUCAUUAAAGUUGAAUGCGGCAGUCAAUUCUCGGUAGCAUUGACAAGAUCAGGAGCAAUAUAUACAUGGGGUAAAGGAGAUUAUCAUCGUUUGGGUCAUGGAACAGAUGAUCAUGUGCGAAGGCCACGUAAAGUGGCAGCACUUCAAGGAAAAAAAAUCAUUUCUAUAGCAACUGGUUCAUUACAUUGUGUAGCAUGUACCGAUAAAGGAGAAGUUUUCACUUGGGGAGACAAUGAUGAAGGCCAGUUGGGCGAUGGAACAACAAGUGCGCUUCAGAGACCAAGAUUAGUUCAUGCAUUGCAGGGUAAAAAAAUAACUCGAGUUGCUUGUGGUAGUGCUCACACUUUGGCAUGGAGUACAAUGAAAGCUACUCAAAGUAAAAUGCCUGCCACUACACCAAUGGAGUAUGAUUUAGUAAAAGAUUUACCCUUUCCUGUGCUACACAAUCGAUUAGUGCUUCUUCAUCAUUUUGCUGAAUUACUUUGUCCAUGUUUGCCGAUGUAUCCAAUUACUGGCCCUGUUAGUUUGAGUAAAUUAGCACCCAUACUAGUAUAUAGCAUCAAAGAAGCAACUUUCCGUAAAGUGGUUCAAGCAACGAUGGUCAGAGAUCGACAACACGGACCAGUAAUAGAAUUAAAUCGAAUACAAGUAAAACGAGCUAGAAGCAAAGGUGGAUUGGCUGGACCAGAUGGUAUUAAAUCUGUUUUCGGUCAAAUGGUUUCGAAAAUAUCUUUAUUAACACAGGAUGUUCUCUUUUUUCCUCAUAGAAUUUGGAAAGUGAAAUUCAUCGGAGAGAGCGUAGAUGAUUGCGGUGGCGGAUAUAGUGAGAGUAUAGCAGAAAUGUGCGAUGAAUUACAAAAUGGUUCCUUACCAUUACUUAUACCAACGCCAAAUGGUCGAGAUGAUAGUGGCACUAAUAGAGAUUGUUUUCUUUUGAAUCCAAUAGCUGAUUCACCAUUACAUAUGAACAUGUUUCGAUUUCUUGGAAUUUUAAUGGGUAUAGCUAUACGAACUGGUAGCCCAUUGAGUUUGAAUUUGGCAGAACCUGUGUGGAAACAACUUGCGGGUAUAUCGUUAACACCUGCCGAUUUAACUGAAAUUGAUAGGGAUUAUGUUCCCGGAUUAUUAUGCAUUCGAGAUAUGGAUCCUGACGAAAAAAUGUUUCAAACACUUGAAAUGCCAUUUUCUACGCCGUCGGCUGUAGGACAUGAUGUAUCUUUGUCUAGCAGAUAUCGAAAAAUCACUCCAGAAAAUAAACAUGAAUAUGUCCAAUUAGCUCUAAAUUAUAGAUUACAUGAAUUUGAUACUCAAGUAUCUGCCGUUCGCGAAGGAAUGUCAAAAGUUAUACCUGUACCUUUUCUCGCAUUAUUUAGUGGACCUGAACUGGAAACAAUGGUUUGUGGCAGUCCAGAUAUUCCACUCACUUUAUUAAAAUCAGUUGCAACUUAUAAAGGGAUCGAAGCAACAGCUCCUUUAAUACAAUGGUUUUGGGAAGUAAUGGAAGAAUUUUCCAAUCAAGAAAGAUCUUUGUUUCUACGAUUUGUUUGGGGUAGAACUCGUUUACCACGUACAAUUGCGGACUUUCGAGGAAGAGAUUUUGUCUUACAAGUAAUGGAUAAAUAUAAUCCGCCAGAUCAUUUUCUUCCUGAAAGUUAUACAUGUUUUUUUCUCUUGAAAAUGCCCCGAUACUCCUGUAAACCAGUAUUACAACAAAAAUUAAAAUAUGCGAUACAUUUUUGUAAGAGUAUUGAUACAGAUGAAUAUGCUAGAGUACAAGCUGCAACCAAUUCAGAUACUGAAGAAACAGACAGUCUUGCUAGCGAAGAAUAUAUUUCGCUUUAAAGAAAUUAAUCCCCCAAUUAUUUUUUUAUGCAAUUAUGUUAAAUUUUUUUUAUUAAUUUUUUUUUAAUAAUUAUCAAAAAAAGAAUUUUUCCGUUAAAUUUAGUUUCAAACCAGAUAUUUAAUAAGAUAAGAUAUUUAAUCUGUUAAGUUUAAGAAGUAUACUCUUUCUCUUUUAUUUUUUUUUCAUACAUGCGCGCGUGAAUAAUUCAAGUUGUAUUAUAAAAGUUAUAUUGCUUAUUAUCGACAAUAUUCUGACAUUCUAAAGUAUUAUUAAAAACUAUUUAUUAUCAAAGAAUG